UUUUACAGAAAGAGAAUUUGGUCAAUGGACGGUACGUGAUGCGAUAAAUUCAUCGCUCGAACGCAUCUUGUUUGUUUCUUCGUGGAUCAAAGGUCGAAAUAUGUAUGUACGAAUGUGAAUUAAAUCGAAUAUUAAGAAGGAAGUUAAUUAUAUUUUUCAAAUUUUAUUUAUUCAAACAUGAUUCACGUGCGAGACGUGAAAUUUUCGUGGCCAUAGCGAAUAUUUGUAUUUCAUUUUCCGUUCGUUGGUAAUUAUGCGCGGAGAACUGUUAAUUGAAAGUGAAUAUAUUUAUUCGUAACAUGUCAGGAAACAGGCUUGACAUGGAUAUUGAUAAUCAAAGUGAAGAUGGAGAAAUAAAGAAAAGCCCGUCGAAGGAUAUGGAUGAUUUUAGUUUUUCAGAGGAGGAUGGCGGGGAUACUGCCGAUUCUCUGGAUAUAAAACCACCACAGGCUAUUGUUCGACAUCAUAAGUCUAACUCGUCAAGAAGAAGAGACAAGCAUAGCGAUAGGAGGGACCGUAGGGAAGAAAAGGAACGAAAAUCUCGGCAUCAUGAUCGAGGGGAAGACAGACACAGGGACAAGCACAGACACCGUAGGCAUGGCAUUGACCUUUUAGAAAGAUCAGAGCGUUCUGAAGGUUCCAAAAGGGAUAGAGAAAGAAUGGAAAGACUAGAAAGAAUAGAAACUCAUAGGGAUAAGGAAUCUAGACACGAUAGAAAAGAGAGGACCACUGGUGAUCGUGUUUUAGAGGAUUUAAGAGAAAGAUUAUUGGAUAAGAGAAGAGAGAGACGGGAAGAUUCGCGGGACAUUCGUGAUUACAAAGCGGAUACUCGCAGAGAAAUCCGUAUGGAGGAUCCACGCGAGGCCCGUGAGCGCAGAGAGAGAAUGGAAGAUCUACGAGAGCGUCGCGAGUUUCGUGCUAUCGUAGACGAUAUGAGAGAACGUCGUGAAAUUCGUAUUGAUGAUCAUAGGCACAUAAGAUCGAUGGAAGAACAAUAUUCUGAAACGGAGCUCAUUGAACGACCCGAGAGAAGCGAGAAGCGUCAUAAAAGAUCGCAUAAGCACGAUCGACUACGCGAUAGGGACAGAGAGAAAGCCGAACGAGAAAAAGAACACAGAGAGAAACAAUUGCGCGAAGCGAUGGAACUUGUUACCGAGGAAGCCGAUGAAAUGGAGAUUAACGAAAUACCGAUUCAGCCAAAGGAUCCAAAGGAAAUGACUGAGCAAGAACUCAGGAAAGAAAGAUUAUUAGAAGCUGAUAGAGAGAUGGCCAGGAGGAAGGAAGUCUCUAGAUUGGAAUUAGAAGCACGUCGAAUGAAAAGAGGAGAGAAACGACCUUUAAGUCCCGAGAACAAUCAAGAUCCGUCCGUCGUAGAACUGUCGGACGAAAGUCCAAGUCCUGUUCACUCGGACGAAGUUCGUUCGAAAUCCGUGGAGUCCCGGCGUUCAUCCGACGGUCAGAGAAGUAUACGUGAAAGAUCUUCAGAUAGACAUUCUUCUGAUUCGUCUGAAUCCAGCAGCGAGGAUGAUGAUGAAUCUAACGAUUCGAACAAAGGAUCUAAUGCCGAUUCCAACGAUGGUUCUGAUUACAAUAAUCCGAGCCCUUUGUCCGUUGAUCGGUUAGCUAAGUCUGAUCAUUCCGACGGGGACUCACCCGGACACGUUGAUUCAAAUGGCGCGACCAAGACCGUAGAGGAAGAAGAAAAGAAAGAGGAAGUGCCCGAAUUACCUCCAUAUCUGCCAGCAAUUCAAGGUUGUAGAAGCGUAGAGGAAUUUCAAUGCUUGAAUCGUAUCGAGGAAGGUACAUACGGUGUCGUGUACAGGGCGCGUGACAAACGCACAGACGAAAUUGUUGCUCUGAAGCGAUUAAAGAUGGAAAAAGAGAAGGAAGGAUUUCCGAUCACCAGUCUCCGUGAAAUAAAUACUCUGUUAAAGGCGCAACAUCCGAACAUCGUUACUGUCCGUGAAAUAGUCGUCGGUAGCAAUAUGGAUAAAAUAUUUAUUGUAAUGGAUUAUGUAGAGCAUGAUCUGAAAUCGUUGAUGGAAACAAUGAAGCAGAAAAAGCAAGUUUUCAUACCAGGAGAAGUCAAGUGUCUUAUGCAACAAUUAUUACGAGCGGUGGCGCAUUUACACGAUAAUUGGAUACUUCAUCGUGAUUUGAAAACGUCGAAUUUGUUGCUAAGUCACCGAGGCAUCUUGAAGGUUGGUGAUUUUGGUUUAGCGCGAGAAUACGGUUCUCCUUUGAGACAGUAUACUCCGAUUGUUGUAACACUUUGGUACAGAGCUCCUGAAUUGCUAUUGAGCGGAAAAGAAUAUAGUACUCCUGUUGAUAUGUGGUCCGUGGGAUGCAUUUUUGCGGAAUUACUAAGAAUGGAAGCAUUGUUUCCAGGUAAAUCUGAGAUUGAUCAGUUAAAUAGGAUAUUUAAGGAACUAGGUACGCCGAAUGAUCGAAUAUGGCCAGGAUAUAGUAAAUUACCAAUGGUGCAGAAAAUUCCGUUUGCUCAUUACCCCGUAAACAAUUUGAGGCAGCGUUUCAGCCUAUCUCUGUCGGAUUUGGGCAUCGAGCUGUUAAACAAAUUCCUUACAUAUGAUCCUCAACAACGAGUAACAUCAGAAGACGCCUUGAAACAUGGCUAUUUCACGGAAGCACCCUUGCCAAUCGAUCCUCAGAUGUUUCCCACGUGGCCAGCCAAAUCUGAGCUCGGUGUUAGGACAGCAAACGCUUCUCCUAAACCACCAAGCGGUGGUAAAGAGUACAAACAAUUGGGAGAUGGCGAUGAUGCUGAUUUAAGUAAUUCUGGCUUUCACAUGGGCCUCACAGAAGGUGGAAGGCAGCCGCCUGUCGGCGGCGGUUUUCACUUAAAGUUUUAAAUGGUUACAACACAUUUUGCGAGUGAAUCGAAUCCACGAGUGACUGCGCUUUUCUACGAGAAAUAAACUUUGUACAUAUAUUUCGAAAUAUUUUAUGUUUCACAUUUCGAUUGUAAUAUUAAACUAAUAUGAAA